AUGAACCCGGACAGCUCCUACCACAAAUGGGACAACUCUGAGCAGGUGGAAUUGACAGUCCAGGGAGCGAGCAGCGCACCUGGGAGAGGCGGUAAAGCUCUUUGCCUCUCCAAGUUUGCCCAAGGGAAGGCCAUUGCGAUCCUGUAUGUCCUGCUGGCUAUUUGCAUUGCAGUGGCCACAGCUUUCAUCGUGGUGAACCUUGGGAAAUUGUCCCAGGGUCUUGCGAAAGCCCAGCUGGAUCGAGAUACGAUUAGAAGAGAUGCCAAGAGAAAUCUCUCAGAUCACCAGGAUUAUCUAGAGUUGAAGAUGUCAAAAGAAUUCAGUACAUUUACCAAACAAGUGGUUAAAGUAUCCCAGGGUCUUGCUGAAGCCCAGCUGGAUCGAGAUACGGCCGGAAGAGAUUCCAAGAGAAAUCUGUCAGCUCUCCAGGACUAUCUGGAAUUGAAGAUGUCCAAAGAAUUCAACGUGUUUAACAGUCGACUUCUUAAUGUGUCCAAGGAGCUGGCUGGGGUUAGGCUGGGGAUUGAGGAGAUCCAAGCUGAUCACGUAAAAGACCUGUCGUAUCUCCAGGACACCAUAGAGAUAAGGAACCUAACGCACAGUAUGUCGAAGGAGCUGGCUGAGGUGAGAAGGGACCAUGACAGACUCCAGGAGGUCUUGAGCAGGGUGCAGGACGAGUUUCAGAAGUUCAAAGAAUUCACCUGCAUGAAAUGUCCAUCUGGCUGGCAGAGUUUUAAGAAAAGUUGCUACUUCUUUUCAACAUUGACUAAAUCCUGGCAAGAUGCUAAGCAGUUCUGUACCGAUCAAAGGUCUGGCCUGGUUAUCGUUAACACCGCAGAGGAACAGACAUUUUUGUCAAACCACAUCAGUGAGCACAACGUGUACUGGCUGGGCCUCAGCGACUCAGCGAAGGAAGGGGAGUGGCGCUGGCUGGAUGGCAGCCCCCUGUCUGUCAGGUUCUGGGGGCCCGGGGAACCCAACAAUGUUGGGCAUGAAGGGGAGGACUGUGGCAGCCUGCGCUUUGACGGGAAGUGGAAUGAUGCCACCUGCUCCGUGACUGAGCACUGGAUCUGCGAACGGCAGUGCUAGCUGAGUCCCUGCAUCCACAGCGGGGAGAGCAGGUGUCACACAGACUGCCCCACGUGGGACAGCUUAGGAGCUAUCAUCUCUCUAAAGCAAUGAUUCUCAGACUGCCACUCGCAAGGUGCAAGAAGCUCUUCAAUGUGUCUGUCAUAACUAUAAAGGGAAGGGAACAGCCCUCCUGUGUACAAUAUUAUAAAAUCCCUCCUGG